AUGAAGAUUGGAUCGCUCCUUGGAAAAGCAAUACAGGUGGAUCGUGCUACGAAAUUGGGAGCGAGGGGAAAGUAUGCGCAUGUGUGUGUGGAAGUCGAUCUAACAAGACCCCUUCUAGGGCGCUACAAGGUAGAAGGGAUCGAGUAUCUCAUACAAUAUGAGGGCCUCGAGAACAUUUGUACCGACUGUGGACAAUAUGGCAAAUCGACGCUGAAAUGCUCGUGCAAGGACCCCGUAGUGGUGGCCGAAACUGUGGAGGUGGUUCCGGAAACGCAGGAGGAGGAACGUCCACGUGGCCCGACUUAUGGUGAUUGGAUGAUGGUUAAAAGAAAGGGAAGGUACCAAUCGAAACAACCACUGUACAAGGAAGGGCGGGGUGACAAAGCUCAGUUCGUGCCAAAGCAGGGAAGUGAGUCCAACCGAUUUGCAGUGUUUAAGGAAGACACAAUAAAUGAAACACAACACGACGAUACUGAGACAGCCAUGAGGAAGGGCUGA